CCAUGCCUUGAAUUCUCUCAUCUAAGUUUAAAGGAUUCCUUCAGAGAUCUGUUUAAUCCCAAAAUGGAGAUAUCUUUGAUGUUGUAUACAAGGAACAACCCAACUUGUGCUGAAUCACUGUUUGAGAAGAAUGAUGCACUUAACGUUAAUUUCAACACAAGCAAGAAAGUAGUCUGGCUGAUUCAUGGAUACAGACCACUGGGCUCCACUCCUUCAUGGCUUCAGAACUUUGUGAGGAUUUUGUUGAACCAAGAUGAUAUGAAUAUAAUUGUAGUAGACUGGAACCAAGGGGCUACAACUUUUCUUUACAUUAGGGCAGUUAAAAAUACCAGGAAAGUUGCUGUCAGUUUGAGUAGGUACAUUCAGAAUCUUUUGAAGCAUGGAGCAUCUCUUGAUAAUUUUCAUUUCAUAGGUGUGAGCUUAGGGGCUCAUAUUAGUGGAUUUGUUGGAAAGAUAUUUCAUGGUCGAGUUGGAAGAAUAACAGGUCUUGAUCCUGCUGGGCCACAAUUCUCUGGAAAACCUUCACAUGGCAGAUUAGAUUACACUGAUGCAAAUUUUGUGGAUGUCAUCCAUACUGAUAUCAAUGGUUUAGGCAUUAAACAACCCUUGGGACAUAUCGAUUUUUAUCCAAAUGGAGGGAAAAAGCAACCUGGCUGUCCUAAAUCAAUUUUUUCAGGACUUGAAUUUAUUAAAUGUGACCACCAGAGAGCAGUUUACUUAUUCAUGGCAGCUUUGGAAACGAGCUGCAAUUUUAUUUCAUUUUCUUGUCGUUCAUACAAAGAUUAUAAGACUGGUUUAUGUGCGGAUUGUGCUGACUUUAAGGAAAAAUCAUGUCCUAAACUAGGUUAUCAAACUGAGCUAUGGAAAGAUAUUUUGAAAGAAAGGAUAGAAAACACAACUCUCAGGACGACUGUAUUUUUGGAUACUGUUGGAACAAAUCCAUUCUGUACCUAUUAUUUUGUUCUCAGUAUAAUUGUUCUGGAUAAAAAUAUGAAGGAUGGCUAUGUUACAUUUAAAUUAUUAAACCAACUCGGAAUUGCUGAAGAGCCAAGGCUCUAUGAGAGGCACAAAAUAUUUUACAAACUUCAAGAAUUCAAGAUUCUUGGUCAAUUUUUAAAUGAUGUUGCAAAUAUUUCAAGCAUUGGUUUGGCAUAUUUUCAAAGCUCAAAUCAACAAUGUUCCACGUGCAAAUACACUAUUCAGCUUCUCAAGCUAAAAUCACUUACAUAUCCAGAAAGACCACCACUAUGCAUCUAUAAUUUUGUACUUAAAGAAAGCAAGGAACUAUUUCUCACUCCAAGCACAUGCAAACCAUAG